CACUGACUGCUAGAAAGAAGAAGCGCUGACUGGCUGCAUGGUACGGACGGAGAGGGAGCUGCGGGUCUCUCGGGCUGCUGCUGCGGUACAGCAUGAAAGGUGACGGUUUCUCAGUCAUGGAUUUACACAGUUUACCCGAGAGCUACCUGCAGUUAUUAUACAGUGAUGGGGAGCAGUCAUCUGAUCUGGAUAUAAGAGAUAACCAUCUUCUUGAGGAUACACUUCCAAUCAGUGACUUGGAGCAACUCACAGAUUGCUUGGAGCAUCCAGUGGGCAUAGACAUCAUAAAUUACUUAGAUGGCAAAGGAAAUGAACAACUGGAUGACCUUUUGAGCAUAGACAUCAUAAAUUACUUAGAUGGCAAAGGAAAUGAACAACUGGAUGACCUUUUGAAAGAAUUAAUUGUUGAGCAAGACGAAAGUGUAGACAAACCAGCAACAAAACGUGCAAGAAAAAGAUGUCUUUCAAGAAGAAUUCCUCAUUCCCAGGAAAGAGCACCAAAGCGAAGGAAGAAAGGUAACCCUGCAUUAAGUCUGAAUCACACUGGAAAGUCUUAUUCUCCAGAUUUGGCAGCUAUUCCCUGCUUACCUCCACCUACAGGAUCGCCAGUCAACACAUUGCACCACAGUGCUAUCCAUGUGGUUCCAGCUUUCCUGCCACCAUCAGCUCUCAAUUUCCCUAUAUUUCCUGGUGCAAAAGUAAUUAUUUACACAGCACCCUUUACUGCAGCGGCACAGCAUUGUGCACCAUCUACUCUCCCUCCAUCCUUACCUGGAAUCCCUGCAGUCCCUACGAACACAAGCAUCCCAGCAUCACCUGAUAGGAAUUGCUCAUCCAGUCCUUUUGCUCCCAAUGCUGUUGAUCUGCCCAGUACUCCAGAAACUGCUUCUAUUUGCCAGUGUCCUUCCUCAGAACCUAUGGACUCAUUUAGAGAUGCGCAGAAGAAGCUAUACAAAGAAGCUUUUGCCCAGGAAAGUGAUGUCCUUUAUACUGAUGUUGUGCUUGUGAACAGCAGAAUCAAUCCCAAAAGCAGGAAAUUUGUCAGCAAAACAGCAGAGAAAGAGUUAAUAAAUUACGAUUUGGAUGAAUGUAAAAAGGAGAAAGUUGACCUCUGCAAUCUAUUUAAGAAUAAAGAAGGAAAAGAAAUGGAAACUAAAAUAAUUGCUCUACUUGGACAGUCUGGAAUGGGCAAAACUGUCCUAUGCAAGAAGAUUUGCAAGGAAUGGUCCAAUGGGAAGUUUGGUCAGUUCAGCUUUGUGUUUUAUUUUGAUUGCAGUCAUCUAGAUGUAUGUAAGCAAUACAGCUUUAAAGACUUCCUUUUCCAAUUAUCAUCUUGUCCACAAGAGAGGAACAUUUAUGUUUACCAGAACAUUCUUAGAAACCCGGAAAAGGUUCUCCUCAUCUUCAAUGGUUUUGAUGAGUUUCAGGAUUCUGAAGGUCUUCUUCACAGUUCCUUUACAACAUCACCAAGCAAGGCAAAUAAAGUAAAGGAACUAUUUACAGGCCUUUUCCAAAAGAAGCUACUCCGUGGGUGUACGCUGCUGAUUACUGCAAGACCCAGAGAUAAAUUCAAUCAGUAUUUGGGAAAAGUAGACCAAAUCACUGAAGUAAUGGGAUUUUCUCCAAGUCAGGUGGAGUGGUACAUCAAAGAAUAUUUUAAGGAAAUGCCAGAUUUCACGAAUGUUGUAAAAUGGAUUAAAAGUUAUCAGUAUAUGUUCAGCUACUGUUAUAUUCCUUAUAUGUGCAAGCUAAUGUGCUUGUUUGCUGAAGCAAAUUUUAAGACUGGAAACAAAGAACUACCUUUGUCACUAGCUUCUUUAUUUUUGGACAUAGUUCAGAAAAAUGACACACCAGGUACUUUUCUUCCCUGUGUCAAAAAUUCCACUGUGGAUCUGUCGCCUCUUGGUUUAAGACCUGAUAAAGAACUGAAUUGUGGACUACAUAUAAAACAACAUGCUUGCACUGGGAACUCUAUGAAGAACGUGCACUCCACGAACCUGAAACAGAGCUUUUUAACAGCUUGCCAAAUGCUUGAGAAUAUAAAUGUGAGGAAUUUGGUCAGAUAUAUCUCAUUAGAUCUUAAAAAGAGACGGAAUCAUGAGUGUUGUCCGGACAUGGUACGGAGAUUCCUGAUUGGUUUGUUGUUUCAUGAAAACACAAGUCCUUGCUCAAGAUACUUUAAAUAUAUACGUAAGAAACAAAAGAAAAUAACAGAGUAUUUCCGCUCCCUGCUGAUUUCUGAGCUUGGACCACAUCAAGUACUUGAACUUUUACAUUGUGUUCAUGCAACGAAUGACCAGCGCCUUAUGUGUUGCUUGGCCUUAACACUCAAUGACAAACUGUCAUAUGUGGAUACUCGACUUACUCCUCCUGACGUUUAUGUGUUAAAGCACAUUUUGAAAAAGUCAAAAGUAAAAAUAUCACUGGAUCUCAGGAAGACAGGGGUCGAUCAAGAGGGAUUGAGAGAACUGGUACAGCUAAAAAGCAUCACAUCAUUCAGAGCCUCUCUCAGUGAUACUGUAAGUCUAUGGAAGACAUUGCUAGCAGGGGAUCAGGAUGUGCUGCUAAAAAAAUGUGUUGGAGGAUUCAUGAUAGAACCUUUCAAGAUGGAGAGCCUGAAAGACAUCACUGACCUCAAAGCCCUUGUAGAUAUCCAGAAUGAUAUUUGUAACUGUAGUGCAAAUUCAUCAGCCGCUAUCAAAGAAAUACCUGCUGUGAAAAACCUGAAAAGUGUGAUAUUUGGACUUGGGAAGAAACAUGGAGAAGAAGGUUUCCUGAAGCUUGUUGAAAUUCUUCCAAAACUUCCAACACUACAACACUUGGAUUUGAACAACCUGACAGAGAACCACAUUGGGGAUAAAGGAGUGGCAAAGCUGGCAGAGAAAUUUCCCGAACUACAAUGUAUUCAGACCCUGGACUUGUCACAAAACAAUAUUACUGGCACAGGGGCAAAGAAACUAGCAGCCGCCCUUCCAUCGUUACACUCUCUGCAGACCCUGAGCUUGUAUAACAACAAUGUCUGUGAUAUGGGAGCUGAACUGUUAGCUGAUACACUCCCGAACAUGACAUCACUGGAGGCGCUACAUUUGGACUGCAACAGGAUCACUGAUGUUGGAGCUGGAAAACUUGCAACAAGUCUUCAAAAGUGCCCUAGAAUGAAAAGCUUAAGGAUGUACAAUAUGACUAUUCCGCAUGCCGUUCUACAGCAUCUUCAGCAGCAAGAUUCACGAAUCAGCUGUCUGUCCAUUGGGUGAUAAUAAGGUAUAUACUGUAACGCCACGCAGGAGGAGGCCUAACAAGACAGAACAUGCAGCCAAAGCCAUGACAACUGUUCUGCUGGAUAAGCUGGAACAAAUGGACGCAGCCAGGGAAGAUGCUCGCAUGGACCGUUUCCUGGCAGCAGAACAAACCAUGCAGAACAAUUGUAUGGAUCAUAUUCGUGAGCUACAGAGGGAGAACCAGGAGUUUCUCACAUCUCAGUUUGGAAGUCAACGCUUAGGGCACCCACAUAAUAUGCCUCCCCAAUACAGUCACUCAUAUCCCCAUUUAAUCCUGCACCGUACCCAGCACCAUAUGAGUAUAGUCAUCCCCAACGGUUCCGGUAUGAAUGGUCGACCAUGUUAUGGUCGACAGUCAUUAGGUCGACCACUAUUGGUCGACAUUGACAUGGUCGACAUGGACACAUGGUCGACACAUGAAAUGGUCGCCACCUGAAAGGUCGACACAUGAAAAGGUCGACAUGAGUUUUUAAACUUUUUUGGGUGUCGUUUUUUGCGUAAAGUGACUGGGAACCCCAAUUAGUGCACCGUGUCCCCUCGCAUGGCUCGCUUCGCUCGCCAUGCUUCGGGCAUGGUGCCUUCGCUUCGCUCGGCACAGAUUACCGUUCCAAUCGUAGUCCACGUGGAUCGUAAAGUAUGGAAAAGAUCCCCAAAAGAAAAAAAAAGUUAAAAAACUCAUGUCGACCUUUUCAGGUGUCGACCAUUUUAAUGUGUCGACCAUGCGUCCAUGUCGACCAUGCCAAUGUCGACCUAAUGACAGUCGACCAUAACAUGAUCGACCAUCUGAACGGAUACCAUCCCCAACGACCCCCUACACAGAGGCCGGUAGAUCCUAAUGCACCGGUGUACCAAGCACGGUAUAAGUAUACUCAUCCCCAACCACCCCCCACACAGAGGCAGGCGGACCCUAAUGCUCAGGUGUAUGAAAAGUUACCUUUAUCUCCUUGGCAUUUAAAUUAUUACCAGAGUAUUUGCAGAUGUAUUGUUGCUGUUGUUAUUGUAUUUUAGAAAAACGUUAAAACAUUUAUAAUACGCUAUAUAUUAACAUAGUAUUGUUAUUUUGUAUGUACAGUUCUUGUUUUGUAUAAAGUAAAAAAGGUGUCACACCUGUUUUGUAAACUUUUGCUGAA